GGAUGAAACAAACUGGAUGGCGAGAGUAGUUCACAAUUUUCUCCAAUUUCGCUCACUUGUUCAUAAAGAAGGUGAGAGACGAAGAGCAAAGUUCAGUUUUCUCUCGAAUCUCCUCGUUGCAACAAUUGCUGUGUUCACCUCGGCUCAACUUACUGCGCAAAGUGUCGCGAAUAACAUUUCACAGUGUACAAUCGGCAUCGACACACGUACGCUUACGUACGUAACAGUACAUCAAGAUGGAUGGCGUAAUUUUAAAUCUGUUGGCCACUUUGCUGUUGUCAGUUGCGCUUUCCUCUAGCGCCCAACAGCAGAAUCUCUUACCGGGAAAUGUUACAGAAGUGAUCCAAUCGUCGGUGGUAGCCAAAAUCGCCAGCAAGACCUCGUCGACUCCGAAACUGAUCCCGCAUAAAAUAACGGACAAAUCCUACGAAAAGAAGAACCAAAACACAUUUUCUCAGCUGAACAAGAAAAUGAAGAAAUGGUUGAAAACCAAAAAGGAAACAACGUUCGAUGUGGAGAAUAUGGUUAUCAUUAGCGACCCACCUACACCCGCCAUCGAUCAGACGUUUCCAGCAAAAGGAUCGAUCCCGGACGACGGCUGCGACUCCAGUUCCGUGCGGUUCGACGACGGAAAAUGCUAUCCACUGAUGGGGAGGAAACCUUGCGGCGACCCACAACAGUGGGUCACUGUCGAUCCUAAGACAUUCAAGGGACGGUGUGUUCCGCGCAUUUGCGGAAGAGAUAGGGUCUUUGUCGUUCGUACGGGACUUUGUCACGACAUAUUCGACAAAUCAGAGUGCCAAGGAGGCCGGCGACUUUACUAUUCCCCAUACGGAGAUCCUGUGUGCGAUUGUCCCGUCGGAGAGUAUCCAUUCCCGUACCCUAAGAGUGAUUGCGUCGCGCUUUUUACCCAAGGACCCUGUCCCUACGGGCAAGUGGUAGCCAUCAGUUCCGACAAUUCUUUGCGUUGCAAGGCCUCCAAAUGUCCCCCAACCUACGACAGUUAUUACAAUUCCAAUUCCAAGCCGAAGCAAAUGGUGCCGACCAGCGACGGGAAAUGUUACGAACUCGGCACGGCAGGCCCGUGUUCGAGUUACGACGACACAUCUUCGCUGUUGGGUCUCGACAUGUUGAAAAACGAAUUGGAGUGCGUCGACGUCACCGAUCCUUGGUCGCCGUAUUUCUUUUCCCAGGAAGAAAACGAUCUGCUGGACAGCGUUUUCGACCAGUUCUAUCCCGAGUACGACUUCUUCCGAAUCUACCUGGUCUACCAGGGUCUGCAGCACGAAAACGAAUUGAAAUACGGCAAGAAGAAGAAGGGCUCUAAGCAACACCCAAGAAGACAAGGCGGAACAUCAAUCAGCGUACCUUCCAACCCGCCUAUUCGGCCUGGAAAUGGACAAGGAAAAGGCAACUCGAAAUUAGUACCCCAGCAGCCAAACCGUGGUACGAAUCAAGCAGUCAAGCCAGCUAAACCAACCGGCUGCACAGGAGGUCAAACGUUCAACCCUUCAACUGGUUCUUGUGCAGGUCGUGGUUAAAUUUACUUACCGAAUGAUAUGCUGGACGCCACAGGAUGCAGAUGUCCAGACUUUUGUUAAUCGAUUAAUUCUCUCCUUUGUUUAAAUCUGUAACUUAUCAAUAAUAAAAUUUAAGAAAAAAAAUUUCCGUCUUA